AUGGUGAGAUUAUCGGAAACGUUCCGCUCGGUCGUGCGAACUCCGUAUGGAUUGGAUUACUCGGAUGGGGAAAGUUUGUGCUCGUCCACGUCGUCGUCUUUGCAUUCGAACGCGAGGAAUACGAAAGCGGGUGUUGGUAAGAAUACCAUUUCGAGCGAUUUCAGCAGCGCUUCGUGCGCUUCCUCUUCGUAUUCUUCUUCUCCGGAUUCUUCGUCUUCUUUACUGACGAAUAUCAUUCGUCGACAAAGAGGAGGAGGAGGAGAGACGACGACCAAAAAUCAAAUGGUGGCGUAUUCCUCCUCUGAACCGCCUUCGAAGGCGGUGUCGUUCGCGAAGGAUGUUUUCGCGGGGACCUGCGGUGGGAUUACGGUGACUUUGUUAGGGCAUCCGUUCGAUACGGUGAAAGUGUUGUUACAAACGCAGAGUUCGACGAAUCCGGCGUAUUCCGGCGCCGUCGAUGCGGCGACGAAGGUGUUGAAAUCUGAAGGCAUCGGCGGGUUGUAUAAAGGCGUGAUGUCGCCGCUCGCCGGGCAGAUGUUUUUUCGAGCGACGUUGUUUUUUGCGUACGCGAGAGCGAAAGAGUGGGUCGGGGUGUCUCCGGACGAUCCUUUGAGUUACUGUAAAGCCGGGGGGUUGGCCUGGUUUGCCGGGUCGUUCUUUGAAUCGCCGAUUGAUUUGUUCAAGAGUCAAUCGCAGCAGCAAAUUUUACGCGCGAAAGCGGAUCCGAGUUUUGUGCCGCAAUCGAUGGCUUCGAGCGUGAAGGAUGCCGUGAAAUACAUGGGUCCAAGAGGUCCGUGGUAUGGGAUGGGGGCGACGUUGGCGAGAAAUUUACCCGCGGGUUCGGUAUAUUUUGGGGUGUUUGAAAACACGAAGAACUGGUUCGCGGCGAGAAAUGAAGACGGGAAAGCGAGCAACGCGGAGAUUUGCUUCUCCGGAGGUUUGGGCGGGAUUUUCUAUUGGUCGUUCUUCUACCCGAUCGAUGUGAUUAAAUCCGCGGUGAUGACGGAUAAGUUGAACCCAGCCGAGAGAAGGUUCAAAGGGUACGGGGAUGCCAUAGGGGCGUUGUACAAAGAAGGCGGCGUCGGGAGAUUUUAUAGAGGUUUGUUUCCGUGUUUGUUGAGAGCGAGUCCGGCGAACGCGGGCAUGUUGUUCACGGUCGAUUACAUAAGAAGGAUUAUAGAUUAA